UGUGUUUUAGCAGUUGUACAUUUGAACAUUUAUCGUUGACAAGUGCAUUUAGAGAAAUUAGUGAAAUUUGUAUGAUUUUUCCGUCCAAGGGUGCCGUUUCGAUUAGAAAAAAUAAAAAUAGUUUCCCCCUGAGCGCGCGCAGGAAGAUGAUCGGUAGCGGGCCAGGGCCUUGAGGAUCGAGCGUUGUCUGUCGCCUGUCCUCAUUCGCGUUUCUCUCAUUCCUCAUCGAGUGCGGCGAGACGGAGGCGCAGAUGAGCGCUUUUAACCUCGCGGCCAGCGUUGAUUGCUGCUUUGUUUUGAAUAUCAAAUGACAAAAUGGCCACGAGUUUGGAGUCGGACGGCGAAUUCCACUCAUGGCUCACGUCGAAGCUCAAUUCUUUGAAUACAGACGAAAGCGUCUUCGGCAGCUACAUCACCGGCAUCCUCACUGGCGAUUACACACCGGAGGAAAUGCAAGAAGCCUUGGAAGGCAUCAUCAGAGAGAUCACUGAAGAUAAUAUUGGAGUACUCUGUCGGGAAAUACUGGACAAAUGGGCUGAAACACAGGGUUCGAAAGCCGAAGAAACCCCGGUUAAUAAAGCCACAAGUGAAGACGUGGAAGAACAAUUGGUAAAACUUCUCGAAAAGAACACUCUUUGUACGACAGUUCAAAGGGAAUACACUGAAGAUGAACGUAAACUUCGAGAAGCCAUUCUUGCACAAUAUUCACAGACUUCAGUCCAAGAAGAAGCUGAAGAAGAAGACGGUGAUGAUGAAGGAAAAGAAAAUGGACUGGUUAAAAAUACAAAUUUGCAUUCUGUAAUCCAAGCGAAGAAAGAACAAAGGGAAAAGGCGAAAAUUGACAGUCAGAAGAAAAAAGAAAAGGACCGAGAAGAUAGAGAGAGACAGAAACAGCAGGCUGCAGAAAAAAAAGAAAAAAGGAAAACACAAAAGGGCGAACGCAGAAGAUAGCAAAUCAUGUUGAGUGCUUAGUAUUCUUAAUAAUAAAAGUAUUGUUAAAUGAAAUCUGAUCUGGUAUCUGAUAGGAACUCAUUGAAAACAAAAUUAUUUUUUAGUAUAAAACAAGAAAUGCUCUUGUUCAUGCUCCAAUAAAUGCGCUUUAUUUUUGUGACUUUUUUUGUGCAAAAUACUGCUUUUACUAAUUUUGAAAUUUUCAAGUUUAAAUGGUUUACUUUUUGCUUUUAAGCGUUUUUUGUUUUUAUUCUAAUGGAUGGUGAAAAUUUUUCAUUCUUUGAAUGUUCAAUUUUUAUAAUUUACACACCUGUGUUCCUUACUUUUUUUUAAGAUCUUUCAAAUUGUUUAAUAUUGAUUGCUCUGAAAUUUAGAUGAGUGUACUGAUCAAACAAGAAUAAGAUAAUAAAAUUAUUUAGUCAAUGUGUGCACUCAUAAGUAGGUUAAAAAAUUUGUUAGUUAAACUACUUCGAUUUUAACGUGAUAGUCAAAAUGUGUUUUCCUCUUAUUUGGAAAUAAGAAA